AUGGGCAUCUUCUCACGGUCCAAGACAUCCAAUGCCGACGCUUCAGCUUUCACGUCUAGACCGACCAGCCUCCGCAUCUUCACCGUCUGCAUCUACAUAAUAGCCCUGGUAUUCCUGAUCCUCGUGGAGAUCGGAAACAUCAACAACAACGUCGUGAUUCGAGACACGUAUUUCCUCAAGAUCGAACUGGCCAACAUCAUUCCGGCAUCGAUCCCGAACGCCGUCUUCAUCAACUCAAUCGCCCAAAGUAUCGGCCUGCAUGACUUUUACCAGGUCGGUCUGUGGAACUUCUGCGAAGGCUACAAUGGCCAGGGCAUCACCUACUGCUCGCCCACCAAGGUGAUCUACUGGUUCAACCCGGUCGAGAUCAUCCUGUCCGAAUUACUGGCGGGAGCGUCCAUCACUCUGCCAAGCGAGGUGGUCACCGUGCUCCAUCUCGUCCGAACCGCUAGCUAUUGGAUGUUCGCGUGUUUUCUGGUCGGCACGGUGCUGACCUUUCUCUGCAUCUUCCUCGCACCCAUGGGCUUCUCGAAGCAUCCGCGCUGGGAGCAUCGAAAGAAACGCAUCUUCUUGCGCCAGUUGCCCAUGGCCCUCCUUACCUUCCUGGCACUGCUGUUCACUGCUGCCGGGUCGGUCAUUGCUACGGUCAUGUUCGUCAUCUUCCAGGACAGGUUCUCCGGGGCGGCUGAUCUGAACAUCCGGGCCUAUUUGGGCGAACCCAUGCUCGCGUUCAUGUGGAUCGCUACCGGGAUGGACCUGAUCGGAUGUAUCAUGCAGUUUGGCACGUGCUGUGGUGUUUGUUGCUGCUCGGGUCGAAGGAAGGCGAUGAAGAGGAGUGAGAAGACAUUUGUGAAUGGCUCCGAUCAGGACCAUGGGACCGAGAGUUACGGCGAGGAGAGCGCCACACCUCCGCCGAGACAGCCUGGCUCGUUUGGGUUUCGGAGGAGAAAUCGGGACGUAUAA